GAGGAGCUGGACCGGAGGUUUGCUCCGCCCCAAGGGACUAAGGAAACCACCAUGGAAGGGUACCAACGGCCCUGCGACGAGGUUGGCUUCAAUGCUGAUGAAGCACAUAAUAUAGUCAAAGAGUGUGUUGAUGGAGUCUUGGGUGGCAAUGAUUACAAUCAGAAUGACAUCAAUCAAUGGACUGCGAGCAUAGUGGAACAAUCCCUUGCACAUUUGGUCAAACUGGGAAAAGCUUACAAGUACAUUGUGACCUGUGCAGUAGUCCAGAGGAGCCCAUAUGGAUUUCACACAGCCAGCUCCUGCUUUUGGGAUACAACAUCUGAUGGAAUCUGUACCGUCAGAUGGGAGAACCGGACCAUGAACUGCAUCGUUAAUGUUUUUGCAGUUGCAAUUGUCCUGUAACCUGUAACGCACUAAACGUGUUGGGUUAAGGCCCUUAACUUAAGUUUGUGAGUGUAUUCUUUCUAAAAAGAGUAACAAUUACUUAUUAACAUGCUAGAUGACAAGUGUGCAAUAUGCUUCAAAGCUAUCAACAGAGAACUGAAUAUUGUAAGCAGAAGUCUAAUAGGAUGUUGGCAGAUUAUCUCGUAUUCUAUACAGCAUCAUUUAAGAACAUAAAAUGUUAGCCGACAAUUAAUGCAGAAAUAUGGCUGACCUAAGAAUAGAAUUUUCUACUAAUACAAGCCUUUCCUGGCAUUAUGUUCCAACAAAGAUGGGGAAAUCUAUUUAGAUAUUAACAUUAUCAUUAACUAGAAAACACAACAGGGAUAAAUAUAUGAACAAAAAAGUACAAGAAGAAAUGCAGAGAAAAUGACAUGAAUUAGCUAAUACCUUUCUGGUUUAAGUAUUUUUGCUUUGUUGAAUUGCAUAUAGUAGUUCAUGGAAAGUAAUUUACACACACAUACACUCAUUCCCUCUUUUCUCUCCCUCUCCCCCCGCCCCUCGCCCCAUCUAAUGUAAUCGUAGCUGCUGUGACUAACUAGUUUUGUUUUCCUGCAAACUGACAAACCCAUUGAUUUUUAAUGUCAGUUUCUUACAUUUUACACUUGAGGUGGAAUUAAAUACGAUCGACCUAGUUGAGUAUAUGAUCAGCAUUCUCUGACUCAGACAACUGCCUUACAAUCCAGUCCUUCCACGAGGGACAGCUAUCUAUGGACUGUGUGCUCUGCAGGUUUCUCUGCCAGACAGACAGCUCUUAACGUGGUGUUCACGUGUCAAGUUUGUUUUGGCAGCUGUUCAGUUGGAAAAUCAGUGUUUAUGUUUGAAGGAGAACAAAAAAAAGAAAGAAAGGAAGGAAGAGAAUCUGGCCCUCCAUGGAAAAUUAACCAGAAGGAAAGCACUAAUUGGUAACAGAAUUAUAGAUACAGUUUUUAAGGGUUGCUUCCCACAAAGUAAUACAUCAAAUAUGCAACUCUUCCUUAAAGGCCUUAUUAGUAGUCUUAGGUAUACAGUAAUAAAUUUUAUCAUUGAAUUAGUUUCAACUAUGUGUGACUAAUUUAAAAUACUUAGGUAGAAUUAGGACAAGUGAAGUAGAAUAAACAUUAAAAGUGAACAAUCAUUAGCAGGUUAUCUAAUAUCUCAGGGCUUAUGAAAUAUAUUUCAAUUUAUUAAAAUCAAAGAUAAAUAUUAGGAUACACAGCUGGCCACCAAAUGCAAAAUCAGUCUGCCAUUUAACCUACAAAAUGAAAUCAAUUUCUCCUAUUGCCAUUGUCACGCAGUCUGUGUGAACACUGGAAUCACAUGUCAUUGAAUUUUUAGGGUAAGGAAAAGUUUAGUAUUAAUGGCAACAACAUUAAGACAGGAUUCUUACAUGAGGACUAUGCAUGUGGUUGACAUUUUUCAGAAUAACUGUAAUGACAAGAAUGCAAAGAUAGGGUUUAAUGAGGUGACCUGUAGCUUUGGCACAUCUAGAGUUCUUUGUCAUUACCUUUAUGUUAUUUUAUGCUGCUGGCUCUUGUACCUCGGGAGAUCGUAACAGUGACCAAAUUAUCUGUGCGGUUAAGGCUUAUUCUUUGAUUAUUGUUGUUGAAGUCUCGUUUUAAAAUUAUCAAAUCAUACCUCGUGAGCUUGCUAUCUGCUGUUCCUAGUUAAAAAUAUAAUAAAGACUAUCUUAUUGUGCUGAA